UACUUUUUUUAUCAUCUAUGUAAUAUCGCCCCAAGGUGGUAGGUGGCAGUAAUGCGCUAAUACUCUCGCGCAGUUUAUGGCACUAAACAUGGCGGCGCCCUUGAUAAGACACACAAAAUUCUUGUCGGCGGUAACCAGCCAGUUAACUUCAGCUGCCUGUCUCAGGAAUAUUCAUUCCACUGCAGCUUGUUUAAAGAACCGUGCAGCUCGUAUUCGAGUAGGUAAAGGUGACAGACCAUUGACUUAUGAACAGGCGUAUCAUCCUCAUCACAUUGGCCACAGAAAGGGCUGGCUCUCACAACACACCAGUAAUCUUGAAGGUGUAGGCGGAGCGGCUGAUAGGGUCGUGGAGGACCUCUUCAUCAGAAGAUUCAUGUACGGCACAUUUCACGGCUGUUUGGCUGAUGAACUGGUGAUAAAACGCAGAGGCAACAUCCUGGUCAUUUGUGCCGUGAUGAUCCAGAAACUCUUGCCACCAAAAUUCUAUUUUCUCAUUGGGUACACAGAGGAACUGCUCUCUCAUUUUUACAAGUGUCCGGUUAAAAUGGAGGUGCAGACGGUGGAAGAGAAAGUGGUCUACAAAUAUCUCUGAGACCGUGUGUGCUGGAUUUCUGUAAUGUCAUCUUUGUGUGUGUGUUUAAAAGUGCAUGUUGAAUGAGUUUUGCAUAUUUGGAAAUGUAUGCACGUUAAAGAUUCAAAUGAGGGUCAAACAAGCAUCUGUACAAUGUGUAUAUCUGUACAAUUUCAAAUUAUACUAUCAAAAUACUAGUGAUUGACGUUGUUGUUAAUAAAUUUAUCAUGGAAUAA